CUCCGCGCCUGCCGCAGCAACACCGACGACCAAUGGUUCCGAGACCGGAUCAAGAAAUAUGGCCCGGUCUCUACCAUGUCGUUGUUUGGGUCGCCGACGGUGCUACUGGCCGGGCCGGCGGCGAACCACUUCAUAUUCGGCAACGACGGACUCAUCUUGACGCAGACAGGCGCGCUGAGAGCCCUCGUUGGGCGGUCGGUACUGGCACUCACGGGCAGCGAACUGAAGCUGGUCCGCAGCGCCCUGCAGGGUUACUUGAAGCCAGAAAUGGUGAGGAGAUACGUCUGCAAGAUAGACCAUGAGGUCAGGAGCCACAUCGAACUAAACUGGGUCGGUCGUGACUCUAUCACGGUCCUACCAAUGGUGAGGAGACUUUCGCUUGCUAUCAUAUGUUCGGUUGUCUUGGGCCAAGAGUCAGCUACCAUCAAAGAAGGACUGUGCACUGAUUUUGUAACUCUUGGGAAGGCUAUAUUAUCAUUUCCGGUAAAUAUACCAUUCACCCGGUUCAACAAAGGUAUGGCUGCAAGUGCGAAGAUACGGAAGGCUAUCACAAAUAUUGCCCACAAGAGGGAAGAGUCACUAUUGCAGGAAGCAAAUGCCACUUCUGAUAAUGACUUCAUCAGCUACAUGCUCAUUCUUCGUUCUCAAGGUGCCCACUCCCUCACUCUGGAAGAUAUUGUAGACAACACGAUGGGCCUCAUCGUAGGGGCACACGAGACGACUUCUGCUCUUAUCACCUUCAUGAUCCGGUACCUCUACAAUGAGCCAGAUAUCCUUGACAAAGUUACUAGAGAGCAAGAUGAGAUUGCACAGAAUAAAAACCCAAAAGAUGCUCUAACUUGGGAUGAUGUUGCAAAGAUGAAAUAUACGUGGAAAGUGGCAAUGGAGACACUAAGAACAAUUCCUCCAGUUUUUGGGAGCUUCCGAACAACUACCAAAGACAUUGAAUACCAGGGUUACCAUAUCCCAAAAGGCUGGAAAGUCUUCGCAGCGCAAAGUGUGACACAUAUGGACUCGCAAUUCUUUCAUGAGCCUAACAAAUUCAAUCCUUCCCGGUUUGAGAAAUCCGCCCCUCCGUACUGCUACAUGCCAUUUGGAGGGGGUCCAAGAAUGUGCCCUGGUAAUGUGUUUGCAAGGGUAGAAACUAUGGUGGCCAUGCACUAUCUAGUAAGGCAGUUCAGGUGGGAAAUAACGUGUGAAAAGGAAACCUACAAGAGGGAUCCAAAGCCGACGCCCAUCCUUGGACUUCCAAUUAAACUCAAGUUGAGACCCCUUGCCAAAAACCUCCAAGUCACCACUAUGGAUACCGAAAUAGGUUAAACCCAUGACAAGCAAAAUUAUGAUGAUACAUGCAUGGUCUAUGUUAUGAAGACUAGAGUGAGAAUUCAGAAUGUAAAUAUGUGCUUCUCAUAAAAAGCAUGCUAUUCCAUGUUGUGCUUGUGAGAUACUCUUCUAGUUACAAGAUUGUAUAAUGUAAAGAUGUAUCUCCUACCUAUGAGCUAUAUAUUUCAUUCCCCUAACA